AUGAAGGCACAGCAUGUGCGCGAUGGGGUCGUGCUUCUACGCGGCGUCGUAGCCCCGCCCCAGCAGCAGGCCGUCUGCGCCCGCUUCCUCCAGGCCGCCCACAGGACUAACCUCGAGUUCCUCCCCUUUGCCCACCUCUUCACCCUCCGCUUGCCCCGCAACGCUGCUUCAACCACCACCGCCACCAAGACCACAUCAUCAACAACAGAGCAAGUAGAACGCGAAGAUGAACAAAAAGAAGAAGAUGACGUAGAAGUAGAACAAGAAGAUGCAGAGGCCUCGGCCGGGUCUGAGCUGGCCGACCUCCUGGCAGGCCUCAGCGAUCGGCUACACCAGAGCCUGUACGGCCCAGGUGGCCUCUGGGCCAGCCUCCCCGAGAAUGGCUGCAGCGAAGACCACCAGGGCCGCCCGCGGUCCUACCACCGCGACGCCCACUGGCUGCUGGCGCUGAGCUUCGGGUGCGAGGUGCGGAUGGGCUUCCACCGGCACGACGACCAGGACCCGGUCGAGCUCACCGUGCCAUCGGGCGACGCGGUCCUGUUCAACGGCGCGCUGCACUCGCACGCGGUGCUGGGCAUCGGCGAGGCCGAGUCGGCGCCUGGGUGGUGGGCGUACCCCUUCGCCCGCGCGGUGUUCCUCAUGCGGGACGCACGACAGACCAUCAGCGCACGCAGGCGACAGCAGGCCAGGCGAGCCGCGGCUGUGGAGGGCGGCAAGGAAGCCGCUGCGCUGGCGGCUGCGCGACUUGGUGCUGCCGAGGAGCUCUAG